CUGUGGAAAUUUCGGUGUUUAUGCCUACUAAUAUUCUUAAUAAAGUACAUGUAUCUUAUUUGUAUGGACACUUCCAAAGAUUAAAAAACAGUUUUUUCCUGAAUUGCAUCUUUUUACUGGAAGUUCUGGCCGAGGAAGAUCCUCAGAAAAUCCUGACUGCGUUUAACAAUAAGUUAUGUGGUGCAGAAAAGCUGAAUUUUCUUGGAAUCUUAUAUGACUUGAAAAGAACGAAGUCGUUUGAUUUCAUUGCAUCAGAAAAUGAAACAUCUGAUGUAACAUUUGUAUUACAUGUAGAUGAACACUUUUCGUUUCGCUUUGAAAAAAUUUUCAUUAAUAACUAUAAUGGUGCUAUUACAACAAAAGUAAUUUUAUACGAUGCUGUUAGCUUAAUGGAGUCAGAACUGCUAUCCAAUAUUUUUUAUGAAAGUUCUAAUACAAAGUUUUCUUCCGAUUGUUUCAUUCCUUUUGUCAUACAGAGCUGCAGGAGCAGUUUGUGUUGUAAAGAUGAUCUACUAUUGAAGACACUAAUGGAAUCAAACCAUUUUAUUACAUUUCCUAAUAUUAGUAACCUUCACUUUAUUGAAAAAUUUCUGAUGUCUAUUUAUAUGAUUAUAUCAAAUACCCUUUCUAUUUUUAGUUCAGCAAAAGUGUUUUUUUGGUGGCCUUAUAGUUUUUCUAAUCUUAUAAGAAUGACAGCUGUUGGACGUCAGUUUCACCAGAGGUAUCUACAUUGCAAAGAUAUAAAUAUUUCAUUUUCUCAGAAGAAAGUUAAUCUAAAGACAAAGAACUUGAUAUCCGCAGUUCUGUUGGACAUUUUUUGUGGAUGUUUGCUUACAACUGUCUUGUUGCAGUCUAGUUUAUCUACACUUCUUUUUGAAACUACGAUUCAAAAAACACAUGAUGUUGUAAAUAAUUUGCAGAGUUUGAUCAAUUGGUUGAUGGGAUUCCCUGCUGGUUUGAAAUUAAAUGCUCCUCUAAAUAAUGCAUUGGGACAGUUUUUCCUGUAUCAUAUAUUUCUUUGGGAAUCAUAUAUGGUUGUUGUUCAACCAUUAUUUGCAACUGCAGUAAGUGUUUCAACUGUGAUUGGAGCCUUUGGAUUGUCAUUUUUCCUUAGUUUAUUGAAUGAUGUUAUUUCUCUAGCCACGAUACAUAUUUAUUGCUUUUAUGGCUAUGCUGCCAGAUUGUAUGGUUAUCAGUUGAAGAGCUUAAGUGCAUUGUGGAGAUUAUUCCGUGGUAAAAAAUGGAAUCCACUACGUCAAAGAGUUGAUUCUUAUACAUAUGAUGUUCAUCAACUGUAUCUGGGGACUUUAAUUUUCACGGUGCUCCUUUUUUUACUUCCAACAGUAAUGGUUUACUACAUUGUUUUCACAUGUCUGAGACUUGCAGUCCUAACAUUACAAAGUAUCGUCUUUAAAGUAAUUUCUGUCAUCUCAAUUUUUCCAGCCUACUCCAUCCUUUGUCGGAUUCUAUCCUCUCAUGAAACAGCUGGUGAUGUUUACUUCUCUGUUUUCAAUGCCCAGAGUGUAUUGGUUCUAUAUAUGGAGACAAUCCAAAUAUCCGUGAUGACUGUGAUAAAGCUGACUUUACCGGAACUACAUAGAUAUCAAGAAGUUAUUCAUUGGAAAGAUCUGUUCUCCAGUAUAAUAUGGGGUAAUAUUAUAUACCCACUUUGAGCAUAUAUUUUAAUCUAGUUUUCUUAUUGAUACUGUAAAAUAAUAAUUUGUUACCUUGAAUGAAAAUAAA